AAACGGGCAUUGAGGCUGAGAGACUCGCUGCUCUGCUGCUCCGUCACUCAGUCUGCAGGGCGCCGCUGAGGAAACACAACCAAGCCGUUUUAAAGGGGAAUCAUGGCAGCAGGAAGGAUGAGAUCCACCCGCAGACUUCGCUCCUGGAUAGUGGACCAGGUGAGCAGUGGGAAGUAUCCCGGCGUGAUGUGGGAUGACGAGGCCAAAACGAUGUUCAGGAUCCCAUGGAAACACGCAGGGAAACACGACUUCCGUGAGGAUGAAGACGCAGCACUCUUCAAGGCCUGGGCCGAGUUCAAAGGGAAGCUGGCGAACGGAGAGAAGAAUCCUGCGGCGUGGAAGACGCGUCUUCGCUGCGCUCUCAACAAGAGCCCCGAGUUCAAGGAGGUGAUGGAGCGCGCCCAGCUGGACAUCUCAGAGCCGUACAAGGUGUACCGCCUCGUCCCCAUCAGCGAGCAGGGUGUGCUGCUACCUGAGCCGAAGGUCAAAGAGAGGAGCAGCAAGAAGCUGAAGAGAAGGAGCAGCAGCUCAGACUGCCAGGUCAAAAAGAUCAAAACUGAAGAGGCAACCUCUCAGCUGCAUGAAGAAGACCAGCAGCAGGACAGCCAGCCGGUCCAGACAGACGGACCCGUCCAGUGCACCACGCUGGAUGAGAUCAGGCUGGACGUUCGGAUCGAGGAGAGCGUCCCCACCAACACAGGAGACCAAGACUCCUUCAGUGUGACAGUCCAUUAUCUUGGCCAGGAGGUUCUCAAACGUCAGAUCAGCAGUCCUGAUGUCCGCAUCCUGUACCAUUCCUCCUCGUCCGUCCCCCCGACUCCUGCCGCCCUGAGCCGCUUCCCUCGCAUCCUGCUACCGGAGCCGCCGUCUGCAUUGCCGGCUGGCGAGGAGCUGCAGGCGCUGUUCACUCUGCUGCCCUUUAUGGCGAAGGGCAUCGCGCUGAUGUCCACGGCACAGGGGGUGUACGGCAGGAGGUUCUGCCAGGGCCGGAUCUUCUGGACGGGACCGCACACGACCACGCCGGGCCUCCACCGGAUGGAGAGGAACAUGGAGUCGGUGCUGCUGUUCAGCAAAGAUAUCUUCAAACAACAACUGGACUUUUUCCGAACCAACGGCGGCGAGCCGCCACAGUGCAGCUUCACUCUGUGUUUUGGAGAAGAGUUCAGCAACACCGAAGAUCCGUCUCGCAAACUGAUCAUCGUUGAGGUUUCCCUCCCGUGGGCGGAGCAGCAGGUGGAGAACGCUCUCUCCGUCUUCAACACCCUGUCGGUCUUCCGGACCUUGGCCAGCCAGUCUCCGCUGGGAGAAAUCACGCUGAACCUCGUCACGGUGCCGUCGCCGUCCUCCGAGCUGGACAGUCAGACCGACUGAGCAAACUCUGAAACAUUCCCAGCUUUCAAAAUAAGAGCCUCUGCUUUCUCUGCUCACUAAAAAAAAAAGACUUUGAAGCACUUGAAAAGAAAAAUCUGUUGGACUCUGGAGCUAAAAUGGCGACGUUUGGGGUUUAAAAAUGGAUUUUCUUCAUGUCCUGUGGGGAUCGGUGCGUUGGAAACACUACAGGAAAAACCAACCAGGCGGAGGUUGUGUGUUUUAGAGAAAUUUAAAAAUAGUUUCUCCAUAAAUCAGAUUUUAUUGUUCUGUUGGUGCUUAGAACCCAGACUCUCUUUAAAAGGGACCAUAAAGUUAAAAGUUGAUGUUUGUCGUAUUGUACUCCAAUCACAGCAUAGAUUAAUAGUUUUAGCUACAAUGAAACAGUCUUAAAGCUGAGUUUUGGUUUAAAACACUUGUUUUCUUAAAUAAUAAAAGACUUUUCACUGUGAACUUCAUUAUUACAGCAGAGAUCACAUCCAACAGUUUUUCCUUUUCACAAUUCCUAAAUCUUCCCUCAUUCACUGGAUUAAAUUAAUCCAUCGUUAAAGCGUGAAGCACAAUAACAACCAUUUCUCUCCCUCUGGUUUUCUUGGCUAAAACUACUGAAACAUACAGAUUUCUAUUUCAUUUUAAGGAAGUUCUAACUUUAGUAGAUUAUUAUUUAAAGGCUGGUUUAAGAAGCUCUACUCAGAUUUGAUUUGAUUAUUUCUGGCUGGACGAUGUUAUGAUGCCACAUUCAGGGCAUCUGAUGAAGAAAAAAAUACUUUUUUAAUAAUUUCUCAAAAAUAGAUUGCAGUACCAAGUUAGUUUUUGUUUAGUUUAGGUGAUAAAAGUUUAAAAAUAGUUGUAAAAAAGGCAGUGGCGUGUAGAUUAAAAAAAUAAAUAAUAAUGAGGCCAUGGAGGAAAAAGUUUCAGCCGAAAAAAAUCAGAAAUUUUGAGUCACUUCACAUUUUUACAAGAAGAAAGCUUGGAUAUUUUCUGCUGUUGAAAUUUUUCAAAAUAUGAUUAAAGGCUUAAAUUUACAGUAUUAAAACAAAUUUAUCAUAAUGUCAUAAAUUUGUAAGAAAACGCUCAAAUUCUUCCACAACCUUUUUUUAAAUUGGACAUUUGUAACAGGAAGUGGCAGAAGUCUAAGAUUGAGGCGGUAAAUUUAGGAGACGAACAUCUGGAUGUUUUCUGGAGUUAAAGGGAAGAUCCGGGUUGUUUUCCUGGAUCAGAACGUCUCCAGGAGACCCGGUUCUGGUCCAGAAAAGAGCCCAGGCCUCAUCCUUAAAGUCUGGGAAACAUCCAGGUGUGAAUCUUCUUACAAAUUUCUGACUUUAUACAUCAAAUAAUAGUUUUAGUAUUGUAAAUUUAUGCCUUUUAUCCUGGAAGAUUUUCAUUUUACACCUCAUCAACAUCAGAGAAGUUUUUUCUCAUAAAUGAGUGAAAAUGAUUCAUAAAUUUCUGAGGUUUUUGGUGACAAUGAACUCUGUGAUGUCAUCAUUUUUAUUCAUCUUUACCAGCCCUGACUUAAACUGACAGAAAAACAAAGAAAUUAUAUCAUUUGAAUGUGGGGGAAAAUAAAGAAUUAUGAAGCGGAAAAUAGCAAACACUGAAAUAUAAAUAAUAUUCAAAAAAAUUCUCAGAAUAUUUUGAAAUCUGAGAAUUUCUUGAAUUUGAAUCUGAAAUUUCCUCAUCUGAUGGUGUGAAAUGUAAAUAUGGGAAUAUUGCACUGAAGUUUAGAGCAUUUAGUUAGUUAGUUUGUAUCGAUUUUAAGUUGAUUUUCUUUAAUUCAAGGUAAGAAAACGCUGCAGAAAUAAAAAAGGAAAUUUAUUCUUGGACCACAACCAGCUUUAAGCUCAGUUUAUAUCCAAUAUUUAAAACUGGAACAUUUAAGGUUUGUAGAAGUUGAAAACUUGUUACCAAUGUAAUCAAUCACAGUGUAAUAAUAACAAUAAUAAAGAACAUUCUCUCAAAUUAAACGUUUCUAUGCAGCAAUCAUGAGGAAAUGAACCAAAUAAAACAAAUAUUUUUAAACAAACUACCAUCAUUAUCAUCAUCCCAACUUGGAUGAACAUUUUGUGACACAAAAAAAAAGAAAAAAAGUUUAGAAAUAAAACCAGGAGGUCGAUUGUUGGAGUUAAACCAUAUUUUAAGGUGGAUUAGUUUUUCGGGGGUUGGCACGAGAUGUAAAUCUGUCAUUUAAGUACGUUUGUCUUUGUUCUGUCAAUAAAACUUUUCCCAGGA